AAAAUCGAAGCCAUUUCAAACGGCAAUAAUGUCGAACGGUUCGACGUCUUACUCAAACAAGGAUACACAUAUACAUUGUAUAAAGUGGCAUUCUGUCUAAACUGGGCGGAGGUUCAAUUUCGGAAUAUUGCGCAUGGGCUAGAGUUGGGAUUGAUAACACAUACUAUUGUGGAGCCAUUCACUAAACCAAUUCAAUUUCCUCCAUUUCCAAAAUAUCUUAUGCCAUUUCAUGAUGUUUACCAACAACCGCAUAAGACGUUCGUAGACAUUAUUGGCAUAGUUGUUCAUUUGGAGCCAUUAAAGUAUAUCGGUGGAAGGCCAUACAGAGAGGCUGUACUAAUGGAUUCCAGGUGGAAUCUAAUUGUCAUGGGGGUAUGGACCGAUCUCCUGCAGAGAAAUGCUCUACGAUGGGCAUUAGCUAAAGUUGACAAGAAUAUAAUUAUUGCAACAAUGAUGCGUCGUAACAAUAAAUACAGAUGUUUGGAAACUUCGGACUAUAGCACCAUUCAUUUUAACCCAGAUCAUCACACUACAAGCCGGCUGCAGAUCAUUCGACACUCGUUGAUUCAAAAUCCAAGGAGUCGUGCCAUCAACAAUUUUCUGGAGAACAGACAAGCACAAUUGACAACUAUGAUACCAGAUUGAGAAGUGUUUAGCUUAUUAUAGUAGAUAUACUUUAUUAAUUAUAUGUAGUAGAACACUUCGUAACAAUGAUUUGGUCUCUAUUUGUAUUGGUCAUGUGUCCAGUCUUAAUGGUGAUAGCUUUGUA